UCCAACCAAGGAAUCGAUUAAGACGAUUACACUUUUCACGGUCAUUUUUUUCAUUCAAAUAGCUUACUCUAAACAUUUAAUAAACUUUAGAUCCCAUAUUUGUAAUGCCUUAGUGCGAAAGUUUAACUGCUGAUUUUUUAAUUUUUUGACUUUUUUUUUUUUUGCGGUAUAGAAUCGGUUUGCUCCAGGAAUCGGAGAGUCGACUCUUUUGGGAUUGACUCCUAGGCUCAUCAUUCCAAGGUUCCUGAUUGAGCCAGAGAGUUAGUAAUGGCUUGUUGCAUUAGUUGGACUGAGGACGAAGUUGUUUCUACGAGCUUUUAAGUUUUCUUCUUUGAUUUGUGCUUAGUAGCCUUCUGUGUUUUCUGGAGAUCCACUCCUUCGCCCAGCGUUCUCUCUCAGGAACUCCGAGGACCACUCGGCGCCAUGAACUGGGCAUUCCUCCAGGGUCUUCUAAGCGGGGUCAACAAAUAUUCGACAGCAUUUGGGCGCAUCUGGCUGUCCGUGGUCUUUUUGUUCCGCAUCAUGGUGUUCGUGGUGGCUGCAGAGAAGGUGUGGGGUGAUGACCAGAAGGAUUUCACGUGUAACACGGCACAGCCGGGUUGCCACAACGUAUGCUACGACCACUACUUCCCCAUCUCACACAUUCGCCUGUGGGCUCUGCAGCUGAUCUUCGUGACGUGUCCGUCACUGCUGGUGGUGCUGCACGUCGCGUACCGCGAGGAACGCGAGCGCAAACACCGUGUCAAGAAUGGCAAAGCUUGUAGCCGGCUUUAUCAGAAUACAGGCAAGAAGCGUGGCGGACUCUGGUGGACCUACGUGCUUUCGCUGGUCUUCAAAAUGGGUGUAGACGGUUCCUUUGUCUUCCUGGUGUACUAUCUGUACGAGGGCUACGACUUCCCGACGCUGAUUAAGUGUUCGGAGACGCCGUGCCCCAACGUUGUGGACUGCUUUAUCUCCAGGCCCACCGAGAAGAGGCUCUUUACACUCUUCAUGGUGGUCACCAGUGUGGUGUGCAUCCUGCUCUCGCUCUGCGAGAUCCUCUACCUGGUGGGCAAGCGAUGCCACGAGCGCAUCCAGAAGUUCAAGGGUUCCAGGCAGGUGGCUCGUGCCACCUCCAUUCACAGCACCAAGAACCCAAAUUUACUGUUGGAUGGCAAUCAGCAGAGGGGAAAAGUGCCGUCAUACGCAGUCUCGCUAGCACAAUGAGGAAACUGAUUCUCGAACUGGAGAGGAACCGGAAAGGAACCUGAGACGGACUUGCCACAAACUCAACACACAGGAUGAUGGUGACCAGUAACUCACGGUGUUUUACCAAAUGGGUUUCGCAAUCCAGUAGUGAGACUGAGACUGAGAACUGGUUUAAUCUUAAGGAGGUUUAUUUCAAAGAGCGAUCUAGAUGGACACACGGAGAUUUGUACAUAAAUUUGACCGUAUCUUGUGGCAGUUUGCCGACCGUUUCUUCCUCAUACCGCUCAGUCACUCAGAAUGGGGUGUAGCUCUAUUACGCACAUUUUUAACAUGCAUCUACACGUUCAAGCCUUUCGCCUUUCAGGAACGUUCCGAAGCUUUUGGGGCUUUGAAUCAACGUCGACCAGGAUGAAAAGCAGGCAAGGCCCUCUGUUUAAACCCGAAGCCGCCAGUCUCUCAUUGUCGACUCGGGAAAGAAAAGAAAAGUGUGUAAAUACCGAAAGAUGAUCGUCUCACACCCUAAAGCGAGGAAGAGCGAGCAGGCAGUGACGCUGUAGUGAUCGCGUCUGUCCUGAUUUUUCCCGUUUUUAUCAGUCGGUAUUGCGUUGUUUUUGGGUUUUUUUCACGCGGUGCCGAAGCUGCUCAGAUAUUUAAAUUGCGAAUAAAAAAAAUUGAAAAGUAUUUAAAAAAAAAAAAAAAAGAGAGAGAGAGAAAAAUCAGCAAUAUGUUUAAAAGAGAAGGUUCGAGGUACUGAAUGCUAGCUCUCAUUUCUCACAACAAAUGAGGAAUAAAGAGGCAGGUAGCGUGCACGGAGGAGCGCUUACGACGUGAAAUUUUCUCCUAACAAAUGUAUCUUAAACGUGCGUAAAAUCUCAAAACGUUCCUUAUUCAUGUGAGUGAUAAAAGGGUAUACGCUGUACACAUCUGUUCAUCAUUUCGUGUCCGUCACACGCAAAGGACGAGUCCCAGGAGCUCGUCAUUUUUUGGCAGGACAUAUCAACUAGAAUCCCAUUGUAACCAAAGAAGCUCGAUGACUCAUCUGUACCAUUACGUCUGAAUCUGGUUUGUCUUUGGAGGAAACCAGAAGCCUUUGGCCCACAGAGGCUGCCUGAGGUUUGUGUUAGUCGUUAAGCUUGAAUGGAGCUUUGUUUAGUUUCAAAACGUGUGUUACAGCAUUCCUCUGAGAACAAGCACAACCCCACACCAGCUCGUGAAAUAUCCAUGCAUUGUUUUGUUUUUUUUUAAAUAUAUAUAUAUAUACACACACUCCUGUGAAAAAAUAAGUACACCCCACGGACAUUGUCGGCUUUUUUUUCUUCUAGCGCUUCUUAAUAAAGUUGAUAUACCUGAACAAAACCACAAGGGAAAUUAGCGUUAUCAAUUAUUUAUUCAGCAGAAAUAUCAAUAGAUGUGAUAUUCUUCUGCGGAAACAAGUAAGUACAGCCUUGGCUUCAGAAGCGAGUCCACCAGGGCUUGCUGGGAUUUCUGACCGCUCUUCCAUGCAAUAUUCUUUCAGUUGCAAGGUGUUUGAGGGUUUUCUUGCAUGCUCUGCCCCGUUUCAAACCCCCUCACAACAUUUCAAUGGGAUUCAUUUCAAUGGGAUUCAAAUGGAUUUGCUCGUGUGCUUAGGAUCAUUAUCCUGUUCAAAAGUCCACUUUCGGUUCAUCUUCAGCUUUCAGACAGAUGGCCUCACGUUAUCUUCAAGCACUCUUUGAUAUGAUGCAGAAUUCAUAGUUGAAUCAAUGAAUGUAAGCUGUCCAGUCCCUGAGGCAGCGAAGCAACCCUAAACCAUAACAUUUCCACCACCGUGUUUUCACAGUUGGUAUGAGGUGCUUCUCCUGAAAAGCUGUCUUUGGUCUGCGAAAAAACAUUUCUGCUGUUACUGUGGCCAAACGACUCUAUCUUUGAUUCGUCUGUCCAGAGCACUUUAUUCCAAAAGGCC